AAGGAAUCUAAACUGUGUUGGAAAUGGCAAAGCAAUUUCUAUUUGCAAUAAUACUUCAUGGUGCUUUUACUCUCACAGUCCUUGUUCAUUCCCAGGAUCAAUUAGGUUUCAUCAACAUCGACUGUGGGAUACCAGAAGGUUCAAGCUAUAAAGAUGGAGCAACAGAAAUCAAUUACACAUCUGAUUCAACCUUCAUAGACACAGGUGUAAAUGGGAAUAUUGCACCCGAAUAUAGGACCAAUAAUAUUGAUCAACAGUUCUAGACCGUCCGUAGUUUUCCUCUAUGAAGCAUGGACGCGGCUGGGAGGGUGCCAUACUAGAGUCCGAUGCGGCCUGACGCGAGUUGUGGUGUCCAAUGCGGCUGCCCACGCAUCGGUGCCGCGUCUGAGCUUUUUUUUUUUU